GAGAUGAAUAAAGAAGAAGAGACUCCUCUCAGAGGCAUACUAUGUCUGAAAAGCAGUCAAGACACGGAGAAAAUCGAGGAAACAGAGGACUGCUUCAUUCUUGAUUACGACCCUCUUGAUUCUUCCGACUUCAAAACGAAGGCGAAGAAAGAAAAAGUGACUCCUAUCAGAAGCAUAUUAUGUCUGAAAAACAUACAAGACAUGACGAGAAUCGAGGAGACAGAGGACUGCUUCAUUCUUGAUUUCGAUCCUUUUGAUUCUUUCGACUUCAAAAAGCUCUCAGUCUCCAGUGAUGGUGAUAAAGAUAUGGAUAUUAUCCAUGAGACAGGCCAGGUGGCUUGUAGGGAUUACCCACAUCCAAGACACCUCUGCUUGACUUUUCCCUUUGGAUCAACUCCUAAUGCAACCCAUUGUCGUCUGUGUUACUGUUGCGUCUGCGAUAAGCCUGCUCCUUGUGCACAGUGGAUAUCUUCGCAUUGCAAUGCUUCAGCGGACUCUAUGAUGCGGAAGUCACCGACCCCUGAGAGUUUGAGCUUUUACUACUCCGAUUAA